AUGGCGCGGCGAUCCGCCCCUCUCCUCCGGCGCGUCCUCUCCCCGGCCCCUCCACCCCCCCUCGCUGGCGCCGUGUCCCGCCGUACCGUCACCUACAUGCCGCGCCCCGGAGACGGCGCCCCGCGCACCGUCACGCUCAUCCCGGGCGACGGCAUCGGGCCCCUCGUGACCGGCGCCGUGCGCCAGGUGAUGGAGGCAAUGCACGCGCCGGUCUGCUUCGAGACGUACGAGGUCCACGGCGACAUGCCAUCGGUGCCUCCCGAGGUCAUCGAGUCCAUCCGCCGCAACAAGGUCUGCCUCAAGGGCGGUCUCGCUACACCCGUCGGCGGAGGUGUCUCCUCCCUCAAUCUGCAGCUGCGCAAGGAGCUCGACCUCUACGCUUCCCUCGUCAAUUGCUUCAAUCUCCCUGGCCUGCCCACCAGGCACGACAACGUUGACAUCGCCGUCAUCAGGGAGAACACGGAGGGCGAGUACUCGGGUCUCGAGCACGAGGUCGUUCCUGGCGUCGUCGAGAGCCUCAAGGUGAUGACGAAGUUCUGCUCUGAAAGGAUUGCCAAAUACGCCUUUGAGUAUGCUUACCUCAACAAUAGAAAGAAAGUGACGGCAGUGCAUAAAGCAAACAUCAUGAAGCUAGCUGAUGGUUUGUUCUUGGAGUCCUGCCGUGAGGUUGCGACGAAGUAUCCUGGAAUUCAAUAUAGUGAAAUCAUUGUGGACAACUGCUGUAUGCAGCUUGUUGCAAAACCUGAACAGUUUGAUGUUAUGGUCACCCCAAAUCUUUAUGGCAAUCUGGUGUCUAAUGUGGCUGCAGGUAUUGCUGGAGGCACGGGUGUCAUGCCUGGAGGCAAUGUUGGUCAGGACCAUGCCAUCUUUGAGCAGGGCGCUUCUGCAGGAAAUGUGGGAAAUGACAAGAUUGUGCAACAGAAGAAAGCUAACCCAGUUGCUCUGUUUCUCUCGUCCGCCAUGAUGCUGAGGCAUUUGCAGUUCCCGUCAUUUGCCGACCGGCUGGAAUCAGCAGUGAAGAGUGUCAUUGCAGAAGGCAAAUACAGGACCAGGGAUUUGGGCGGCACCAGCACCACCCAGGAAGUCACGGAUGCAGUAAUCGCCAAACUUGAUUAG